CCCCCAAAGGGCUAGCUACGCCACUGUUAUAGAUACAAACAAAAACUCCGAUUUGCUCGAAAAAUCAUCAUAACCAUAUCACUCUUCUGUAAAUAGUCAAAUACAAAUUAUAAAAUAAGUAAAGCAAAUUCGGUCUGAUCGCAGUUUCUGCCAUAAAACCGAAGUUAAGUUCUUGAAUAUUUAUAAAUUUAUUAAAUCAAUCAAACAUUACAACUAGGUCGGCUUAACAUUGCACUCAUUAAAAAAAUGCUUGUUUAAGAAGAUAAAAGACAUUCAUUCUGCAAAUAAAGUGUUCGGCUGUGGUUUCAUUCUGCAAAUAAAGUGUUCUACUGUGGUUGUUAAGAGUUAUUUCCAAGCAUUCGUAACUUGUCAGCGGUUCGAAAAUGAUUUUGUGUCUAGGAAUAAUUUUGCUAUUCAAAAUCUUGGUGAUAUGUAACGGACUAUUUGAGGGAUGCAACCAUAGAUAUUCACUUCAGCCAGAUACUGUAGCUUACGUUGAAUCUCCUUUCUACCCUCUGAAGUAUCCAUCAGGAUCUUCAUGCAAGUAUUCAUUUGUGGCUCCACUUGACUAUGAAAUUUAUGCUGAGUGUUCAAUGGCAAUAGAUAAGAAUCCAAACGCUUGCAGUACUGAAUACUUUUAUUUUUCUCGUGAUGGUGACGAAAAUUUAAUUGGCGCAGAACAGUUUUGUGGAAUAGGGAAUUUAACAGAAACAACACUAUUUACAAGACUUGUUAUAGCCUACGUGUCUGGUGAUGCAACAAAUUCUGGAGUGGGGGGUUCAUUUAGAUGCAAAUUAUCAACGCGCCCUCAGGCAUGUGAUUGUGGAUGGUCGCAAAACACAAGAAUAGUAGGUGGAAUUCAGACAGCAAUUGGGGAGUUUCCAUCAAUGGUGGCGCUUUACAACAAACCAACAGGUUCAAUCUAUUGUGGUGGAUCAAUAAUAAGCCACCGGAUAGUUUUAACUGUAACUCAUUGUGUUCGCCUCUUUCCAAAACCAGCUGAAAGUAUAAUAGUUGUUGGGGAUCAUGACUUAUCUUCAAGUACUGAGUCCAAAUACGCAGCAACAUAUGAAAUUGUUUCUUUCAUUGAACAUCCAAAUUAUAAUGCAACAAAUAAUCUAAAUGAUAUAUCAAUAAUAGUCACUCGUGGAAAUAUUGAGUGGUCUUCGGGUGUUGGACCAGUAUGCUUGCCACUGGAUCAAUUAAAUAAUCCUUUCGACUACACAAAGGUAGAUGUUGUCGGCUGGGGAACUACUUCUUUUGCUGGUCCAAAAUCGAAUACACUCCAGAAAGCUAGUGUGAAUAUUCUCCCAAAUUCAGUGUGUCAAAAUAUAUACCCGAAUUUGCAGUCGACACAAGUUUGUACAUUUUUUCAAAAUAGAGACGCCUGCCAAUUUGACUCUGGAGGUCCAGCAAUUCAUAAGGGUUCUGCUAGACAGUUUUUAUUGGGAUCCAUUAGUUAUGGUUUUGAAUGCGGAAGUGGUCCAGGUGUCAACACAAGAAUAACAUCUUACCUACCAUGGAUAAGAAGAUUUCCUGUAGGGAAGUUGUGUCCAAAACCAUAUAAUUAAAAUGUCAACGCUGUUAAGUUAUUUAAUUAUAUAUACAUUAGGGGGGGUCAAAAAAAUCGAAAUUCUUUUUUUCAAAGUUUUCUAAUUCCCUGAAAAUUCAAUAUUUUCAAAUUAGCAAGAUGUUUUCUUGUAGAGACUUAAACGUUCUAUAAAAAGUUCCUUGGCAGCAAAUUAAUUGCUUUAACCGUUAAGAAGAUAUUCGUAUCCAAACCAAUGCCCACUGAUUUCAAUAGUUUUCUAAUGACAAGUAUGCAUUGCGAUUAUCUUCUAAACGGUUAAAGCAAUCAAUUUGCUGCCAAGGAACUUUUUAUAGAACGUUUAAGUCUCUACAAGAAAACAUCUUGCUAAUUUGAAUAUAUUGAAUUUUCAGUGAAUUAGAAAAUUUUGAAAAGUAAAAAAUGUUUUCAUUUUUUUUUUUAACUUUGACCUCGAAUAUCUUUAGAAUGGUUAGAUUAUUGAAAAAAAUUAAGACCUUUUUUAUGGAGCAAUUUGUUUCCUACAAGAAUAUGUCAUGCGCGUUUGAUUAUUAUAAUUUUUCAAUUUGUUACAAAAUUAAGAACAAAAAACGAAUUUUUAAAGAUUUUCUCGAUUUUUGACCUCAAAUAUCUACUAAACGGUUAGAUAAUUCAAAAAAGUGUAUUUAACCUUCUUUGUAGAGCGUUCAAUUUUCUACAAGAAUAUGUAAAAAAAAUUGGCUAAAAAGUCAAUUAAAAAAAAAUUAUUUUUUUUUUGGUAGAAGCUUGAUGUAAAAAUGGAAAAUUGAAAAGCGGAGGACCUUCCCAUUAGGAUAAAGAGUUCAUAUUUGGUGAGUAUAUUCUAGAGGUGUCUAGCAAUCGAGUUUUGGAAGUACCAA